GAUCCACGCCAUUUCCACUUCGCGUCUCCCACUCAACACGCGAAACUUUAUUCCCCAAAAAAGAAAACCUGAAGACUUCCUUUGACAUCGUGUCGGCGACCACCCACGAAAACGAAGCCGACGGAGAGAGAGAGAGAGAGAGAGAUUCGUAAGGAGAGGAUCAAGCCUUGUUAGAUCAAUCAAUCCCUAAUCUCUCGUCCCUCUUCUUAUCCGGGACACGUCUGGAUCGGGAUGGCUGCCGCCGCGGCCUCGCGACGCCUCCGCCAGCUCCAGUCGCAGCCGGGGAACAAGUCGUGCGUCGACUGCGCCCAGAAGAACCCGCAGUGGGCCUCGGUCUCCUACGGCGUCUUCAUCUGCCUCGAGUGCUCCGGCAAGCACCGCGGCCUGGGCGUCCACAUCAGCUUCGUCCGGUCCGUCACCAUGGACUCGUGGUCCGAGAUCCAGCUCAAGAAGAUGGAGGCUGGCGGCAACGACCGCCUCAACGCCUUCCUCGCCGGAUAUGGCGUCUCCAGGGAGACCGACAUCGUCCCCAAGUACAAUACCCGUGCGGCCGCCGUCUACCGGGAGCGCAUCCUGGCCCUUGCUGAGGGCCGCCCCUGGACGGACCCGCCGGUCGUCAAAGAAACUCCCGAUGCCGGGGCGAAAAGGCCGCCUUUGGUGCAGAGCGGUGGGAAUGGCAGAACCUUGACGGGCAACGGUGGGUGCGACAGUUGGGACAACCAUGUCUUCCAGUCCUCCUCUUCCGAUGUGAGAAGGAACCAAUGGACGGGUGAUUCCAGAGACCCGAGUGCGGGAGGGGCGCACCAGCCGGCCAGAAACAGAUCGACACAGGAUAUCUACACCAGGGCACAGCUGGAGGCCUCCGCGGCUAACAAGGAGAGCUUUUUCGCAAGGAAGAUGGAAGAAAAUGGAUCUCGGCCUGAAGGAAUCCCGCCAUCGCAGGGGGGGAAAUACGUGGGAUUCGGGUCGACACCGCCGCCGCCUCGAAGGAAUAAUUCACAGGGCGAUGUGCUCCGAGAUACAGUAUCUGUUGUUUCUCAGGGUCUUGGCCGACUAUCCUUAGUUGCAAGCUCUGCUGCUAAUGCUGUCCAAGCAGGCAGAAAGGAGCUGACUUCCAAGAUGAAAGAGUCAGGGUAUGAUCAGAAAGUCAAUGAAACUAUGAGUGUGGUAGCCACAAAAACCACUGAAAUUGGGCAUAAGACAUGGGGAAUCAUGAAAGGUGUAAUGGCAAUGGCAUCACAAAAAGUAGAGGUUUACACCAAAGAAGGGAUCAGCUGGAAUGUGGACGAUUGGCCACGAAAAGAGAGUGAAAAGAGCAGCUACUAUCAAGAAUUUGGUCAGGACAAGCGAGGUUGGAGUUCCCGUCAAGAGGACUCAAAUAAACAAUACAAUUCCAUCAGUUCCUGGGAUGACUGGGAUAAGAAAGAGAGGAGGGAAGAGCCUGGGAAGGGAACACAAAGAGGUGAAAGCUGGGCAGGUUGGGAUGAUGUUAGAGAUGAUGCUGGCCAUGAUAAUCUAAACAAGGGUGUCAAUCAAAAUGGAAAAUCUGGUUCAUUGUGGACUGAUGGUGGGUUUCGCUGAGGUUGAUCUCUCCUUUUAUCCCAAUUUCCCGGGUGCAUGUUUAUGCCAAGUUUAUAUGGUCGACGAAUUGUGAUUUCGUCCAUUAAUUGUAUCUGGAUCUUAAACUUUUCUGCGACUAUGACAAUGAAAUCAUGCCUACAAGUUUAUAUGCUUUGGUUCA